ACCCAACAAAUUGAACCCCCGAGAUGUGCGGCUCAAAAAUCUCGGAGGCCGAACUUGGUUGGCGACACUAGCGACACGCUUGCCGUGCCGAGAUUCGCCUGGCUAACCUGGCGCACCGGCGCAGCUAGCCACUGCACAGGCGCGUUGUCAAAACCCAACGUUGGCCAAAACGCCAAAGUUGCACGGGUUGCGGUUCAGUUCGCUCUGUACGCUUGGCAGUGCCGCUCAAUGUGCCCAGAGUGCUUCCAAGCGGUCUAAAAGCCGCAGUGGAUGACCCAAUCUUUCCGUCGUUGACGUCACCGGGUCUUGUGUGUGUCUGUGUGCGCGCUCGCUGCGCUCGCCUAGUACGCUCUUUUUCCUGUGCGGGCGCUCUUUUCGUGCGUUUUGUUCAAGUGUUCCGCGAUGGCGUCUUCAAGGCCUCACCGGAAUUGCGCGCGGCGACUCUCGCCGGAGGCCAUCAGCGGCAUUUUGGAUGACCUUUCCGACAGCAUGGAUGACCCCGACGAUCCCGACUUCAUGGUGGGGGCUGAUGAGCACCACCACAAGACGGUGCGCACGCCGACUAAGAGGGCGCGCCGUGUUUCCUCGGGCAGCUCGAGCACGUCCAAUGACUCUGAAUUGGUGGCCCAGCCACCGAAAAGGCCCAUUGUCCCACUCAAGCAGGCUGGAACACCAUGUUCAGGGACUAUAAUCACGGUGGUAAAGCCAGGCUUCAGCGUUUUGGAAGAUGCGAACAUCACACAGCAUACCCCCACCACCCAUGGGGCCAGGUACAUCUGCUGUGUGAAGAACUGCGCCUCGCGGGGCCUGAGCAACCUGGAUGGCCUGUGGCUGUUCCCACUUCCCCAGGACGAGCCUACCCGUCAACUGUGGGUCGAGCAGGUUCCCAUAGACUUCGAAGGGAACCGUCCCGCCAGCCCUCGCGUGUGCUUUCGUCACUUCGACAGCUCCAAGUUUGUGCGACGUCAGCAGCGCCUCCUGGGUCUCCAGAAGGGCGCUGUCCCAUCCAGCAACACAGGCGUCACGCAACCGUGUGCAAAGAGCAACAAAUCCAAGAACUACAUCACCAAGAGUGUACCGGGAACACCUGUGAAGACCGUGGUGCCCGCAGGUGCCGUCGCGACGCAGUCACCGGCCCAAGUGUCGACGGUACUGGGCACGAAAGGCCACCAGAUUCCUCCAUCAGCGCAAAUCGUGGGAAGAGUUGUACCGAGCGCGACUCCGUCAAGCGCCACGCCUGGCAAGCCAAAGAAUGAAAUAUUCAUCGAUCUCACGUCGGAAGAAGUGGCCGCGGACGUCAAGGUCGAUGUCGGGAAGUCCCAGUUGUUCGCGGCCUUGCACGGGACGCCAACAAACGGUCCUAACAAUGCAUCUCGCGCUGACAAUUCGUUGCCGUUGGCAAAUGGGAUGGGACAACCAGAAUACGUGGACGAGGCGAACGACGAUGGCUAUGAGCUCACGCUCGAAGACAUCGAAGAGGAGCUGCCGUGGGUCGUUCCGGACAUGCACUGGGAUUCCUGCGUGGAUGAUGACGGACUGCAUUUGGUUUGGAACAAUUCUCCCGACACGAAAAGCUGCAAGAAGGUUGUUCUCGACAAGGACCGACGAGUGAGUGUGUAUGUGGGUGAAAAACAGGUGGUGUUGACUGUUCAAAAGGUCACGGACACUCAGAGUCUCAAGCAGCUCUUUACAGAACUCAGUAAGUUGUAGCUGGGUGGUCGUCGUCAUGUCGAGCAUCGCUCAAGGCAGCUUUCACGUGGCUGUGUUUUUCAUUUUCGUUUCUGCUCCAUGAAAUUCCUCAAUGGGAUGAACCUCCAGAAAGUCAGUGGAGGUCGUGCACUUCCAGGAACAUUUUAGAUAACAGUAUUGUUUUUGUUGCAAGCAUUUUGUUGUCACGUUGUAUAUUCUUAUUUGUGCAGGUUUCUUUGGUGCAUUUGAGUGGCGUUAACUGGGGGAUCGAAGGCACAGGCGCGUGCUUAUAAAGUUCUUAAAAACAACCUGAUGUGCACCUUUGGGCUGUGAUAAUAACAUACAGUAAGCACUCGUUACAACGAAUAUACAAGCAGGACGGCAAAACAACAAACUUGCGUAUAAGCGGUAAGUCUAUAAAUGAUGAUGCUCCAUAAAUGUUUUGAAAAGAUUCUCGCACUGUUCAGCACCUCGGAAGUAACACAUUCACACCUUUGCGAUGGCUGUUCUUGUAUUUUCAUUUUACAGGUAAAAAGGUCAGUUCAGUCUGCUGCAAGUUGCUACUGGGCAAAAGCAGGAGCUACUUUUAAACUCAUUCGAGCAUUGCGCGAGUGUAAAGUCACCACCACAGCGUUCAAUACUGUCUCGUAGCAACGGGAGCCAUUGUCGUGUGUGUGUGUAUGUGUGCCAUUGCCAGUAUAUUCCGAAGUUUCUGAGCUGAAGCAGGUAAUCUCUGGAGUCCUCUUCAAUCAUUUUGGGCCUGUUUACACCCAAGGACGCCUUCGAAGCCGAACGGGCCUGUUGUCUUGAUGUCGCAUGCUUUGAUUAGUGCAGUGACUAUGCAGCGCACACGCGUACCGCUGCUGCGAGGUGCUGGUUCGGCUAGGGUGAACAAAGUCGAGAGCGUUCUCCUCCGCGAUGUGUAAAGAAAAGUGCAAAUCCCCAACAUUUUUCCUCUGCUGGUUGGGCAAAGGCAAAGAACAGUGUUCUCGUGUCCUUGACGCUUGUCAGAGCUGUUGAAACUGAGCAAGGCUAAGGUCUUGGUAGUGAGCGCCAUGCACACCUAGGAGGGACUUGCGUAAUUGUAGCGGCUACCAUGGUGUGUGUGUGGAGCACGUGGGAGAAAGCGGACCGUUCGGGGCACGACCAGUUGCUAAACGGCUGCGGUUGUGUGAGCAUAGCAUGGUGCCCUUACAUCACUUCCUCAUGACUGCGGGUGACCGUGAUUUGCCACACUUGGGUUAUGCAGACUGCAGGCACCUCGUGUAAUCUUUGGCCAAGUUGUCGGUCUAAGCUUUGGCACCGCAAGGAUGUUUGUUCUACACUUUCCCAUGCCGCAUUUGUGAAAGAGCAGCGUUGAGAACGCCGACUGGCAGGCGUGCGCGACCUCCCAUGUCUUUGCCGGGAUGGGUAGUUCAUGACUAUCUGGGCCCAUGCCCGGGUGCCUCCAGAGUCUCAACUUUCACUGGUUCACUCUUGGUACUAAGCGGGAACAGUCCAAAAUGUGCACUUCUUGUUUGGGGUCUCGUGGCACUACAAUAAAAGUGAUUAUACAUUAAGCGACUUUGUUGUAACGAGGGUUUACUGUAUAAGCAGCACGCAACAUUCUGCACAGUCUUGCUCUGUGUUUGUAUGGCGGCUGCCAUCCACAUGCAGUGGUUGCUGAAGGACUCGUUCAUGCAGUGGUUGCUGAAGGACCCCCUUCAGCAACCACUGCAUGUGGAUGGGUCCCUGGACCUGUAUCGUAAUUUGAAGGAAACGGUCAGUGCACUGUUGGGAUGACAGCCUAUGUGCAACUAUAAGUAACAAAUCCUUGUAGUUGCAGAGGAGAUUGAAGAUGUACUUCAGUUUGUUUUGCGUUUUCUUUUGAUGGCGUAGAUGCGAGUGUGCUUUUUAAGUGUACCUGGUGUGCUUUGUGGCGUGUUUUGUGUUAAUUUUAUUGCGGACCAGGCGUCUUAGUUGUCAUCUUUCAGUUCAAUUGUACAUAUCUCAUGUUGUUGCAAUCAUUGCCUUUGUAACGAUAGUCAAGACUUUUUAUUUGAUAUACAAAAUCUGCCAGCAGUGGAUCAUGAAACGAAUAAACAGAGUUUCUUACGUU